AUGACAAUAGAAUGUAUUGCCUUCUCCGAAGGACAGAACGCUAAAAAGUACAUUACAAUUGAAGAAAAACUGAAACCUCUGUUGAUGUCCAUGAAACUGUUUGGAAUGUACUUCGACCCAAAACAGGUUUCCAGGAUCAUCAAAGAUCAGUUUCUCGUAUUUAGGCAGGUCAUUUCCAAGAAGAUCCAGGAAGCAGAUGACCACAUUCCUGAACGUCUGCCAGAACUCAGAUCUCGUUACACGCAGCUUUGUCAGGCUGUGGACAGCAUCAACAGAACCUUUAAAUGGAUCCUCGGAAUAUCGUUUUUCCUUCAGGUUUUCAUGGCCUGUUUCAUUUCGUAUCAGAUGAUUAAUCGCCCACAGGAGAUGUUUACAUUUUUUGCCAAUUCAUUUUGGCUUGGAGGAUGUUUUCUAACCAUAAUCUUGCUGACAAGGAGCAGCUCUGGUGUACAUGAGGCGGCACAUUCUUUGCUGGAGGAUAUAUUCCACACUGGCACAAAAAAUGCCACAACAGAACUUCUAGGACAGCUGAGCCUAUUUGUCUUCAAACUGACAGGAACAUCAAUUGGCUUCACAGUCAUUAACUUCUUUGUCAUCACAAACGAGUUCCUUUUGACUCUGAUUGGACUGUUCAUCACCUACUUCUUCCUCCUGCUGCAGUUCAAGCUAUAG